AUGCUGUCUUCUGUCGCCACGCUGCUGUUGGCAGCUACAACACUCGUGUCUGCGCAGUCGGACUAUGGUGGAUCGUCGAAUGCCUCGUCAGCUUACCCGCCAUUCUCUGGAGACCCAUUCCAGAAGUACACCUUGAGCGCGAAGGGCAUCAAUGCCUCGUUCAUCCCGUACGGCGCGCGUUUGACCAACUUGUUCGUCAACGACAAGAACGGCAUGCCUCAAGAUGUCGCGGUUGGGUACGACAACGGGAAUCGAUACCUCCAGGACACCGAAACCAACCACACCUACUUCGGCGCUGUUGUCGGACGAUAUGCGAAUAGGUAAGAUGACUCUCUGCUAGGCAUUCAAGGACUCGGUGCUGACUCGAGCUUUGCAGAAUCAAGAAUGGCACUUUCACGAUUGAUGGCCAGACCUCGCACAUCCCAACGAACGAACACGGCGGCGCGAACACUCUGCACGGUGGAAAUGUCGGAUACGACCAGGCGAACUGGACUGUCGUUUCGCACACCACCAACAGCAUCACCUUCUCGUUCUACGACCAGCACAUGAGCGGCUUCCCCGGAGAUGUCUUGAACGUGGCAUCAUACACCUUGACAGAUGACCAGGCCUUCAUCUCCCGCCUUGUCUCGAUUCCGGUCAACGAGGCGACCCCGAUCAUGCUCGCGAACCACAUCUACUGGAACCUGGGCGCGUUUGUUACUCAGGACGCGAAGACGAUCUUGAAUGACACCCUGUACAUGCCAUACGCAGACCGAUACAUCCAGACCGAUGGCAUUCUUGUGCCAAAUGGAAGCAUCGCGUUGACGAAUGGCACUGCACUCGACUUCACCAAGCCAACCAAGCUCGGUCCCAAUCUCAUGAAGGCGACCGACUUCUGCGGCACCGGUUGCACAGGUAUCGACAAUGCUUUCAUCCUUGAUCGCUCACCGUACGCUGCACCCCGUGAUCCAGGGCUUAAGGUUCUGCAACUUUCCUCUCCAGUCACCGGAAUCCAGAUGGAUCUUGAGACGAACCAAGGCGGUCUGCAGAUCUACUCUUGCGUCGGCCAGAAUGGAACGAUUCCCGUCAAGCAGAGCCAGCAGCACAUCCAGGGCAACACGACUUAUGUCGAGAAGUUUGGUUGCAUUGUCAUUGAGACACAAAACGUAAGUAGAGCUGGACAUGCGGUCUUCGGUAGAGAUGAGUACUGACAGGCAUCGCAGUGGGUUGCCGGCAUCGACUACCCUCAAUGGGGACGCAAUGCAUACCAGAUCUUCUCCCCGACGACCGAGCCGGCGGUGAACUACCAGCGAUACCAGUUCAGCAUUGCAAAGUAA